CUUUCUGAAUGGCAUAAUCUUAUAAACCAACCAAAUGAGUCUGAUGAACUUGAUUAUAAUUCUAAUGAACUUAAUGAAUCAUUUGAUGGACUUGAUGAAUUUGACAAGCUUAAUGAACUUAAUGAAUCCAAUAAUUCUAAUAAAUUUUAUGAAUCUGAUAAUCCUGAUGAGUUUGAUGAAUCUAAUGAAAAAUUAAAAAUAAUCAGUGAAUUUAUGGCUGCUGAUAUGUACAUUCAAGAACUUUCGAUAACUUUACAAGAACUUCCUAAUGUUAAACACACGAGUAAAUUUAUCAAUACUCAAGAAAUUGCUCAACAAUACAAAAAAAGAAGCGACCAAAUUAACAUAACAGCUGAAAUUG